CAAAUCGAUUGCAUCUUGCAUCCAUUGCUUUGGUCUGCAGAUCGGUUUUGUUGACGUGGAAACGGUCACGCGCGAGCUUAAUAAAAACCUGCAGAAACACAUGAAUUUUCGUCCGUAAACGGAGGCUCCGACAGCCGAGCGACCAUGCUGGACUUCGCCAUAUUCGCCGUCACGUUUGUGGUCAUUUUAGUGGGCGCUGUUCUUUAUUUAUACCCGUCGUCCAGGAGAGCCUCUGGAGUUCCAGGUCUUUUCCCAACAGAUGAGAAGGAUGGGAACCUGCAGGACAUCGUGGACAGAGGCAGUUUCCAUGAGUUUCUUGUUGGUUUGCACGAGGAGUUCGGACCGGUGGCCUCGUUCUGGUUUGGCCGCCAGCCAGUGGUCAGCCUGGGCUCUGUGGACCAACUCCGGCAACACAUCAAUCCCAAUCACACCACGGAUUCAUUUGAAACAAUGCUGAAGUCGUUGCUAGGCUACCAGGCAGGGGCAGGAGGUGGAGCCAGCGAGUCGGUGAUGAGGAAGAAGCUGUACGAGAGCGCCAUCAACAAUGCCUUGAAGAACAGCUUCCCUGUUGUGCUGAAGGUGGCGGAGGAGCUGGUGGGCAAGUGGAGCUCCGUCCCGGAGGAUCAGCACAUCCCGCUGUGCGCUCACUUGCUGGGCCUGGCCCUGAAGACCGUCACUCAGCUGGCACUGGGCGAACGCUAUAAGGAUGACGCCGAGGUCAUUUCAUUCCGCAAGAACCACGAAGCGAUCUGGUCAGAGAUUGGAAAGGGCUACAUGGACGGCUCCUUGGAGAAGAGUUCCAGUAGAAAACAACACUACGAGAGUGCGUUGUCCGAGAUGGAGGCCAUGCUACUGGCGGUAGCUAAGGACAGAAAAGCCCAGAGGAAGCAGACGGCGUUCGUAGACGCUCUGCUUCAGUCCGGUCUCACGGAGCGGCAGAUCAUGGAGGACUGCAUGGUCUUCACCUUGGCUGGAUGUGUCAUCACAGCGAAUCUGUGCAUCUGGGCGCUCCACUUCUUGUCGACUUCUGAGGAUGUUCAGGACAAGCUGUGCCAGGAGGUGGAGGACUUGUUUGGUUCUGAUCCAGUUUCUCUGGAGAAAAUCCCACAGCUCAAAUACUGCCAGCAGGUCCUCAACGAGACGGUUAGGACCGCCAAGCUAACACCUGUCGCCGCUCGUCUUCAGGAAGUAGAGGGAAAAGUUGGUCAGCAUGUCAUCCCCAAAGAGACGCUGGUGAUCUACGCUCUGGGUGUGGUCCUGCAGGAUGCUGACACCUGGAGCAGCCCGUACAGGUUCGAUCCCGACCGAUUCCAGGAGGAGUCAGCCAGGAAGAGCUUCUGCCUCCUCGGCUUUUCUGGUAGCCAAACGUGUCCGGAGCUCAGGUUCGCCUACACUGUUGCUACAGUUCUGCUCGCCACUUUGGUAAGGCGGCUCAAGCUCCGCCCGCUGAAGGGACAGACGCCCGAGGUCCGGUCCGAGCUGGUCUCCACACCCAAAGACGAAACCUGGGUCACUGUGAGCAGCAGGACAAGCUGAUAACUCCAGGUGAAGAGAAACCAGGAAAGUAUUAGAGUUUAGGCUCCUCCUCCUUCUGGACGAAGAUCUUUUCUUCAGAUCAAUGCCUUUCUGAGCCCUCACUGCUGCCCGGACCACUUACUUUCAUCAUGACUUGCCAAAAUGUCUUUUUUUUAUUUUAUUUUUUUGUGAGUCAUAGAAAGUUCUACAAGAUUCCAACAUUUCCUUUUUAAAAAGCUCUUGUAUGAUUAAUGUGUUAGAACUUUAAUUGUUAUAUACAUCUUAACAAGUGAAGCUUAAUUAGCUCAUAGCAAAAUAAAUAAAACGUUUUUGAUUUUUU